UUCUGCUUGGUAAUCAGGGGGUUUGCUGGUGUUUGGAGGUUCCUCAGGUUGACAUAACAUCACUCAUUCAGGGACCUUUUACAGUACAGGAAGAUGGGAUCACCAAGAACAACCAGUUUGGACGUCCAUCUGUUGGGACCACGCUGGUUCCUGACCUCCAUCCUGUUGGCCACAGCUGUGGUCCUCCCUGCUUUGAGCCUAGACAGCCUGCUGUGUUACUACUGUCCUCUGCAGCACAAAGGCAAUUCCUGCCCCAACAUCACAAGCCAGUGUCUGCCUGAUCAGCGCUGUUCCAGCUCCAGAGGUCGCUACGGCUCCAUCCACAUCCUGUCUGCUCAGGGCUGCGUGGACACUGAACUCUGUGGCUCCCAUGAAAGCAUCUCUUAUCGGGGGGUCAAGUACAAUGUCACCCACACCUGCUGCUGCAAAGACAAAUGUAACUUCCAGCCAAAGUCUGACUCCAACAUUAAGAUGCUACUGGGCAUGAUCACAGACAAAACAAAUUUCACUAACAUCACUAAUGUUCUUAGAGAGGAGCCUUGGGAUUCAUGUGCAAAUUACACAACAUUAAGGAGCUCCACGUCACCUACCACUGUAUCAUAGAAGUGCUUGUAGAAGGCUGGGGAGAGGCCUGUUAGCCAUAGGUACUUACCUGAGUCUCCACAAGGUGGCCACACAUUUACAUGUUUUUGAUUAUUAGUAUUUUACAAAAACAUGUAUCAUGAUCAGUGUUUUGCUCCGGAGAGAAAAAGGUGGACUUGUCAGCCAUCCUUCUGGUAUAUAAGAGUAAAUGCAUUAUUUCUGUGGUUACUGAUGAAUUCAGCAAAAUAAAAGCGCCAUGAUUAAGAUCCCA